UUUAAUUUAUCUGUAAGUUGUUUUGGCAAACAGAUCCUGGUCCUUAAACCCUUCUACAGCCAUCGUCGCUCUCUCACUUCACUUCACUCCAAAACCCUAACCCAGAAAAUGUCUCCCUAUCUCGCUCUCCGCCGCGCCCGUCACCUCUCAACCGUCGCCACCGCCGCCGCAAUCAAACCCAUAACCAUUUCCCAGACCAAAAACAGGAUCAGAAAGGGACACGAUCCCGACGAGGCCCUCCAAAUCUACUCGUCCUUCACCGCCACCAACGACCCCACCACCUCCCCCGCCUCCACGCGCCACCUCCAGGAGCUAACCGUACGCCGUCUCGCCAAAUUCCACCGCUUCUCCGACAUCAAGGAUUUCCUGGAAUCCCACAAAUCCCAGCCCCAAAUCACCAGCGAGCCCUUCCUCGCCUCCCUCAUCCGAUGCUACGGCAUCGCCGGAAUGUUCGAGAAUGCCGUCAACACGUACAAUGAAAUGUCCGAUCUGGGCACCCCUCGGUCAACUCUCUCGUUCAACUCCCUCCUCUCGGCCUGCAUCCAUUCCAAGGUGUUCGACCGGGUCCCAAUUUACUUCAACGAAUUCCCUGCUAAAUUCGGGUUCGCACCCGAUAAAUUCUCCUACGGUAUAUUAAUCAAGUCUUACUGCGAGAUGGGGUCCGUCGAAACUGCCAUGGAGAAAUUGAAUGAGAUGGAGGAGAAGGGGAAUGAAAUCGACGCCAUCUUAUUCACCACGAUUUUGCACGCGCUCUACAGGAACAGCAAAAUCGAAGAGGCGGAGAAGUUUUGGGAUGAAAUGGUGACGAAAAAGGGUAUUAAGCCGGAUGUUGGGUCUUACAAUGUGAGGCUUUGCCAUAAACAAUCGGGAAAUCCCGAAGUUUUGAAGGGUUUGAUGGAGGAAAUGACUAAACUCGAGCUAAAACCGGAUAUUAUUAGCUACAAUUAUUUGAUCACUUGCUACUGUUUGAAUGGAAUGAUAGACGAAGCGAAAAAGGUGUACGAUGAUUUGUUGAAGUCAAAAGGGAGCAAGCCGAAUGCCGCCACUUUUAGGACAUGGGUGUUUCAUUUGUGCAAGAAGGGGAGGUUUACGACAGGGUAUAAGGUGUUUAAGCAGAGCGCGAAGGUUGGGAAGAUUCCGGAUUUCAACACGUUGAAGUAUCUGGUGGAAGGGCUGGUGAAGGAGGGGAAUUUAUCCGAGGCUAAAGCUCUGGUUCGGACGAUGAAUAAGAAGUUUGCUCCUGAAUUGUUGAAGGCUUGGGAAAAACUCGCCGGAGAUCUUGGCCUGAUUGUCGCCGAGGAGGUUGUUGGUUCCGGUGAGGUGGAAGCAGCCGGAGUGGAUCCGCGUGAAGCGGAAAAGGUGAGUUCUUGAGUAGAUUAUUUUCUUGUAUAACCUUUUCGAUUGGUUUUGGUUAUUGGUGAUGCUUCUCCGUCUCUACUCGAGAGAAAUUAUAUUAAUGUUUAGAGGCUUAGAAUAUCAUGCUUAUUUUUUUUGUUAUUGUUCACAAUUAUUUGAGCUUUUUAUUUGUGAUUCGGUCCUCACUAUUGCUUCUGCUUCGUACUUUUGGUCGUAUAACGUUCUCACUAUUGUUCUCGCUUCGUGUAAUGUUCUUAUUUGAUAAGAGAGAACACGUUUUAUUGCAAUUAAAAACACGUUUUAUUGCAAUUAAAAUUUUCAAAAUUUUCGGU